UUACUUCUAUGUUCACAAAUCUAAAUAUAUAAAAAGCUAAAUUAUUCUUUGUUUGUUGCGAUUAUCUUAUCUUCUUGCAAAUAUUCUCUAAACAGUGAUUGUCCUUCAAUAUAUUUCAUCGAAUAGAAUAUUGAUUUAUUCUUCAAAAAUAUUGUUUCUCUAGUACAAAUUCAAUUCACUCCAGGGGGGUGUAAUUUUGAACUUUCAGAUUUUAACUCGAAGGUGGUUGAAUAUUUUAAUCCUUUGGUUGUUAAAGUGAUCUAGAAAAUAAUGGCUUCAAACCGUAUUGGGGUUGAUACUGUAGAAGUGAAGGUUCUUGAGAAGAACGGUUUGCAGUCCAUGGAUAUUGGUGAUGCAAAUACAUAUAUAAAAAAUGAAAAUGGUAUCGGAGAUCAAGGGGAUGCUUUUGGAACUACCCAGCAUACUUAUGGAGAGUUAAAGGCAAGGAUGCCUGUGGAAAGGGAUGCUUUAUACUAUAAUAUGAAUCAUAAAAAGAGGGGGUUGGCAUACAUAUUCAAUCACGAAAUAUUUGAUAUUGCUGGUUUGAAACCCAGAGCAGGAACUGCUGAGGACUGUGCUAAUUUAAAGAAAUGCUUAAGUAAUCUGAGUUUCGAUGUGAAAGAAUUCAAAAAUUUGAAGUUCAAAGCAAUCGAAGAUCACAUUAAAGAAGCCUCUGAAAUGGACCAUUCUGAACGUGAUUGCAUAGUUGUUGCAAUCUUAUCACAUGGGGAGCAAGGCAUCAUCUAUGCCAAAGAUAGCCAUUACAAACCAGACCAUUUGUGGUCCUAUUUUACUCCAGAUAAAUGCCCUUCUCUUGCCGGUAAACCUAAAAUUUUCUUCAUUCAGGCUUGUCAGGGAGAUAAGCUCGACCCUGGAGUCAAGAUGAAUUCAACUACUGAAACAGACGGUGAUGUAGUUGCUUCUUAUAGGAUUCCACUGCAAGCAGAUUUUCUAAUUAUGUAUUCUACAGUUAAAGGUUUUUACUCCUGGCGCAAUACAACUAGAGGAUCUUGGUUCAUUCAAGCUUUAUGCAAAGAGCUUGAAGCGCAUGCUUAUGAAACAGAUCUUGUGUCCAUCCUGACUCUUGUCAAUCAGCGUGUAGCGAUUGACUAUGAAAGUAAUGUUCCUGAUUCCCCCGUUAUGCAUCGCCAGAAACAGAUUCCUUGUAUCAUGAGUAUGCUCAUGCGAAAAAUUAGGUUCACGAUGAAGUAGUAUGUUAUUAGUGUCCCAAAGUUUAGGUAGGAGGCUCAACACGCAGAUCGUAAUUGUAUCUACUUAAUUCGUAUUAGAAUUUGAAAGACUGCUACCUAACGUAACUGCCACUAUUUUUGACAUUGAAAUUUUUGUACUUCGCUUGUAAAUUUUUGAUUCCUAUGAAAACUUAGAAAUAACCUGCACAGAUUUACAAUAUUUUCCUUAUAUGGAUCUGUACAUACGGAUUGUGUAAUGUACUGAUUUUGUGAUUGUUAAUUGGGUUUUAACUGAUGAUGCUCUCUUAUAUUCAUCGAAUAACAGGAGUAUUAUUGAAUAAAAAAAUGACAAUUUAUGGAUAUUGAGUCAUGAUAGACAUCAAUGAAAUUAUGUGAAUUUUGAAUCGGUGGUGGUUUUACGAUGGUUUUUUUAUAUUUUUCUGUCUUGUAAUAAAAUGCUUCUGUCCCAGUAUGAUCUCAAAAAAUAAUGUGAAUAAUUUUUACAUACUUUGCAAUAUUUUUAUCAAUUCCUCAAUAUAUAUAAUAUAUUAUAAAUACAGUAUUUGAUUUAUAGUUAUGCCAUACUGUAAUUUAAUAUUGUACGUUUUUUUUAACUUAUAGGCAAUUUUUGUAUUAUUUUAAAGAUUGUAAAUCAAUUUGUAGUUUGAAGUAGUUGUGAUUGUCAUCCAUGUGAUCGUUGAAACAUAUAUCACUUACGAUAUUGGAUUUACCAUGAAAUGAAAUGUCUUUCCGAAUAGUGUCUUAAAAUGAUAUAUUCUUGUAACGUUACUGCAUUUUGCUCAUUAUUAUCAAUAUAUUUUAUCUGAAUAUAUGCAAAUCAAUUCUA